AUGCGUGAGACCAACGAUUCUACUUCCGGUAUCAAAGUGGUGUUGCAGAUCGCGGAUGGUCUUAAUACAGGUAUUGCUCAGUUAGCACUACUCAAUGCAGCAGUCGAGAAAGCUGUCAGACUGUGCGACGAGGUUUUGAGUGCAUCCAGCACCCUUGAUCUGCUUUGGACAUGGGGAGUUCGAUGCGAGGAUCGAGCCAUCUUCGAUGCUUUGGCGACCAAAUUCAUGCAAAUCCAGCCCAAGGCUGCUACAACCAGUAAUUAG